AGUGGCUGCUGCAGCAUGGGCUGGCUCAGGGGGAUUGCCUUGCUUUCCUUGGGAGUAUUACUAGCAGGAAGAGUCAACUGCCAGAAUGUGAAGAAUAAUGUGCCGAGGCUCAAAUUAUCGUAUAAAGAAAUGUUGGAAUCCAACAAUAUAAUAAAUUUCAAUGGACUAGCUAAUAGCUCCAGUUACCAUACUUUUCUCUUGGACGAAGAACGUGGUCGGCUGUAUGUUGGAGCAAAGGAUCACAUAUUUUCUUUCAACCUGGUUAACAUCAAGGAAUAUCAAAAGAUUGUUUGGCCUGUAUCACAUUCCCGAAGGGAUGAAUGCAAGUGGGCUGGAAAAGAUAUUGUGAGAGAAUGUGCUAACUUCAUCAAGGUGCUUAAGGCUUACAACCAAACCCACCUGUAUGCUUGUGGAACAGGGGCUUUUCAUCCAGUCUGCACCUAUAUUGAAAUUGGAAGCCAUCCUGAGGACAACAUUUUUAGAAUGGAAGAGUCACAUUUUGAAAAUGGGCGGGGGAAAAGCCCUUAUGAUCCCAAACUGCUGACAGCUUCACUUUUAGUAGAUGGAGAAUUGUACUCUGGCACAGCAGCAGACUUCAUGGGCAGGGACUUUGCCAUUUUCCGAACUCUGGGGCAUCACCAUCCCAUCAGAACAGAGCAGCACGACUCCCGGUGGCUAAAUGAUCCCAGAUUUGUCAGUGCUCACCUGAUACCAGAGAGUGACAAUCCAGAAGAUGACAAAAUCUAUUUCUUCUUCCGUGAAAACGCAAUUGAUGGAGAGCACACUGGAAAAGCCACUCAUGCCAGAAUAGGGCAGAUCUGCAAGAAUGACUUUGGUGGACACAGGAGCCUUGUUAACAAAUGGACAACUUUCCUCAAAGCACGUCUGAUUUGUUCUGUACCAGGACCCAAUGGCAUUGACACGCACUUUGAUGAACUACAGGAUGUGUUUCUAAUGAACUCAAAAGACCCUAAAAAUCCAAUAGUCUAUGGAGUGUUUACAACUUCCAGUAAUAUCUUCAAGGGAUCAGCAGUGUGUAUGUACAGCAUGACUGAUGUGAGGAGGGUGUUUCUUGGUCCCUACGCCCACCGAGAUGGCCCCAACUACCAGUGGGUUCCCUACCAAGGGCGAGUGCCGUAUCCACGGCCAGGAACUUGUCCCAGUAAAACAUUUGGAGGUUUCGAUUCCACCAAGGACCUUCCUGAUGAAGUUAUCACAUUUGCCAGAAGUCAUCCCGCCAUGUACAACCCAGUAUUCCCCAUCAACAACCGUCCUGUCAUGAUUAAAACAGACGUGGAUUACCAGUUCACACAGAUCGUGGUAGAUCGAGUAGAUGCAGAAGAUGGCCAAUAUGAUGUGAUGUUCAUUGGCACAGAUAUUGGAACAGUUCUCAAAGUGGUUUCAAUUCCUAAGGAGACUUGGCACGAAUUAGAGGAAGUCUUGCUGGAAGAAAUGACAGUCUUUCGGGAACCCACUGUUAUUUCUGCGAUGAAGAUUUCCACAAAGCAGCAACAGCUCUACAUUGGCUCAGCCACAGGAGUUUCACAGCUUCCUUUGCACCGCUGUGACGUGUAUGGAAAAGCUUGUGCUGAGUGCUGCCUUGCAAGGGACCCUUACUGUGCCUGGGAUGGCUCCUCCUGCUCACGUUACUUCCCCACUGCGAAGAGGCGCACCAGGAGACAAGACAUCCGAAACGGGGACCCGCUCACCCACUGCUCAGACCUGCAGCAUCACAAUAACCCAAGUGGUCACGCCCUGGAGGAAAAGAUUAUCUAUGGAGUAGAGAAUAGCAGCACUUUCCUUGAGUGCAGUCCGAAAUCUCAGCGUGCUGUAGUCUACUGGCAAUUCCAGAAGCAAAAUGAUGAUCGCAAAGAAGAGAUAAAAGUUGAUGAUCACAUGAUCCGAACUGACCAGGGCCUAUUGCUACGAAGUCUUCACCGGAGAGACUCCGGUGUUUAUUUUUGCCAUGCUGUGGAGCACGGCUUCAUGCAGACCUUGCUCAAGGUGACCCUUGAAGUGAUCGAUAAUGACCACCUGGAAGAGCUUCUCCAUAAAGAAGAAGAUGGUGAUGGCUCCAAGAUCAAGGAUGCUACCAACAGCAUGACCCCCAGCCAAAAGAUCUGGUACAGAGACUUCAUGCAGCUGAUCAACCACCCCAAUCUCAACACGAUGGAUGAGUUCUGUGAGCAGGUUUGGAAAAGAGAUCGCAAACAGCGCCGGCAAAGGCCUGCCAAUGCGCAGGUGAACACAAAUAAGUGGAAGCACCUACAAGAGAAUAAAAAAGGUAGAAACAGGAGGACCCAUGAAUUUGAGAGGGCACCACGUAGUGUCUGA